AUCAACAUUUCCUCCACCGUAUUGAAAUUCUUAUCAAAAACGUAUCUGUCACUUGAUCCGUAUAUGCGUGGUAGAAUGAGAGUCUGUGAAAAAAAUGAAAAAAAUUAUAUAAACGCAUUCUCCGUGGGAAAGGUCAUGGAGGCUGGUGGUGUUGGUGUUGUAAUUGCUAGUAAUAAUGAUCAAUGGAAAAAAGCAAGUGGUUCAAGCAUAAAAUUUAACAAUGCGAUAUCAAUCCCAACAUUCACAAGUGUAAUAAUGGAUAAGGUUGGAGAAAUGAUGAAAAUUCCCAAGAGUAUUGCCAAUGGCGUACACACAAUUAAUGGAAUUAAUAUUGAUAUGAUGAGACAAGUGAUGAAUGUGUAUAUGGUACAGCCCAUUAUUUCUGAUCCAACCUCCUAUAAGGUUUCGUGGGAAAGAAAAUCCGACGAAAAAACUAAUGUUAUUAUUAAUUAUAGUGAAGGAGAGAAUCAUACAAUUCAAUCUGCCUUCUGGUCAGACUCUCAACAAGAAAAAGCGGAAGAAAGAAGAGGAUGGGAAGAAUAUACCAAAGUUUCUCCCGCAGCAGCGAAAAACGCGUUAUUAUAUAAACAAGCUCUUAAAGAUGCAUUAGACAUUGGUAUAUCACUUAGUUAUUUUCUUGGAUUAUUGGAUAUGCCAGGUAUGACCGCUUAUGUUGGUUUAUUUAUGAUUGGUAAACCAAAACAAGGAGAAACUAUUUUUAUCUCGACUGCUGCUGGAGCUGUUGGACAAGUUGUGGGACAAAUUGCCAAAAUUAAAGGAUUAAAAGUUGUUGGGUCAACUGGUGAUGAUAGUAAAGUCGAUUAUAUUUUGAAUGAAUUAAAAUUUGAUCAUGCCUUUAAUUAUAAAAAAGUUGAUAUAGAUCAAACUUUAAAAGAAACUUGUUCCGAAGGAAUUGAUAUUUAUUUUGAUAAUGUUGGAGGUGAAACACUUGAUAUAGUUUUAACACAUUUAAACAUAAACGCCCGCGUAAUUGCGUGUGGAAUGAUUUCUCAAUAUAAUAAUGCAAAAUCAACGUCAUAUGGUAUUAAAAAUCUUGGAUUAAUUAUACCUAGAAGAAUUAUAGUUCAUGGAUUUAUUGUAUUUGACCAUUAUAAAGAAUAUUAUGAAUCAUUCCAAAAGGAUAUGGUACAAUGGUUGAAAGAAGGUAAAUUAAAAUAUAAAGAAUAUGUCGUUAAUGGCAUCGAAAUGCUCCUCAAGCUUUCUUGGAUAUGUUUAAUGGUAGGAAGACAAAUAAAAAAUAAAUAA